GGCAUCAUGAGCACCUUUGGCACCUAUUUCCGGGUCACCACCUUUGGUGAAUCCCAUUGCAAGGGAGUCGGCGCCAUUGUGGAUGGAGUACCUCCACGUCUGGCGCUGACGGAAGAGGACGUCCAGCCACAGCUGACGCGCCGCCGUCCAGGACAAUCAAAGCUGACAACGCCUCGCAAUGAGAGUGAUCGGGUUACCAUCAUGUCUGGCACUGAAUUUGGCCGCACUCUCGGGACGCCCAUCGGGCUUUUUGUCCCGAAUCAAGACCAGCGGCCCAAGGAUUACGGGUCAACUUCCCAUGCCCCCCGCCCCUCGCACGCUGACUUCACCUACAUGAGCAAAUAUGGCACCCAUGCCUCCAGCGGAGGUGGCCGGUCCUCGGCUCGUGAAACGAUUGGUCGCGUCGCCGGUGGAGCAAUUGCUGAAAAGUGGCUCCGAGAGGCUUUUGGCAUUGAAAUUGUGGCUUGGGUAUCGGCUGUGGGCUCAGAAACAGAGUCGGACGUCGACGUCGACACCAUUACCCGCGAACAGGUUGACGAGCAUCUACCAGUGCGGAGUGGCACCGCCGAAGCUGUGGAGCGCUUCAGCAAUGUCAUCAAGGAUUGCAAAGCCAAGCAAGAUUCCACGGGUGGCGUUGUUUCGUGUGUCUGUCGCAAUGUCCCAGCCGGUUGGGGUGAGCCGUGCUUUGAUAAGCUUGAAGCCAAAUUGGCGCACGCCAUGAUGUCCAUCCCAGCCACCAAGGGGUUUGAGGUUGGGUCCGGGUUUAGUGGAACCAGGAUGCGUGGAUCGACACACAAUGAUCUCUUUGUCAAAAAGGGAGAUGGCCUAGGCACUGCCACCAACAACUCGGGUGGCAUCCAGGGCGGCAUUUCCAACGGCGAAAAUAUCGUCUUUCGCAUCGCCUUCAAGCCUCCCGCCACCAUUGGCCAGCAGCAACAGUCGGUCAAUUUCCAAGGCGAGGAUGAUGUCGUGGCCGCCAAAGGCCGUCAUGAUCCUUGCGUCGUACCUCGAGCCAUUCCCAUUGUGGAGGCAAUGGCUGCUCUCGUUCUCGCAGAUCUAGCGCUGGCUCAGCUUGCGCGCCGCUCUGCUGGUGACCUCGCCACCCCUGUGGUGGGGGGCGACAAUGACGAGCGCUGGGCUCAGGAACAUCGCCUGCGCUUGGAACUUGAGCAGCGCCUCCGCCGCGUGGAGGCGCGACCACUUGUCCCUGCAUCUAGUCCAUCAGCAUGGACCAUCGGAGUGGGGGCCGCAGCGGUGGGUGCAGCUUUGGCUUGGGCUGUUAUACACCGCGUCCACCAAUAA